CGCUCCCUUGUCUCCCAGACCGAUUCCUCCCCCCAAAUCCCCGCCACGCGAGGCUGCGGCGCACGGUAUGGGUGUAUUUGUGUGUGUUUGUAUGGGGAGGGCGUUUGGAGGGAAGGUUACCGGGAGCUCCGUGGCCGCUGGGGGGCAGGGAUCCCGGUGACAGAGACGGGGGUAUUUUCUCUGCCUUCCACUUGGAAGCCUCAACCCCCUCCCCCCCCCUUCGGGCACUCUGGGUGUUUCUUGGGGCCCAUUCGAGGGUUGUACCCGUCCAGAGCGUCCCCAUCCUUUCGGGAGAGCGAAGCCCAAUCCUCGGGUCUGUCCCGGAGGAGCGUGAGCGGGGCAUGCCCCCAUGCCCGUCAAGCCGGCUGUCCGGAUUCCGCGCCGGCGCAGCCUCCGGCCUCGGUCCGGAAAGAGAUCUUCCUGUCGGUGUGGGCUGGGGGAAAGGCAGCGUGGCCUGGGCCACGGGUGAGGGCAGAAUAACCGGUGGGAAGGCUGCAUUUUCACGAAGGACUCGGGUGAAGCUGCAGAGCUGCCUUUGAGCCCUGACUCCUUGGCUUCCUGGGUCGGAGGAGAUCUUGUAAUGGAGUGGUUCUUCGUCUCACACUAGCAAGAUGCCUGAUUUCCUCAGGAUCGAGGGAUUGAAGAAUGUCCCGUGUUCCAUUGGGGAAGGUCCUCCUGAGGAAUGUCAUCCGGCACACAGAUGCUCACAAUAAGAUUCAGGAGGAAUCAGAUAUGUGGAAAAUAAGAGAACUGGAGAAACAGAUGGAAGAUGCUUACCGGGGGACCAAAAGGAAAAUGUUACCCAGUAGUUCAAGCCGGAUGCGUAGUGAUGGUUUUGAUGAAGAAAGUCAAAGAGACUAUUGGAGGCCAAAGAAUGAAAUUUCUGGGGCACUGGAAGAUGAUUUUCUUAAGGCUAAAUCCUGGAAUAAGAAGUUAUAUGAUUAUGAAGCUAAUAUGCCAGACAGAUGGGGUCACAGUGGUUAUAAAGAGUUAUACCCUGAAGAAUUUGAAACAGACAGUAGUGAUCAGCAAGAUAUUACCAAUGGGAAAAAAACAUCUCCCCAAGUAAAAUCAUCUACCCAUGAGUCUCACAAACACAAGAAGUCAAAGAAAUCUCACAAAAAAAAGCAGAAAAAAAAGUCACACAAAAAACAGAAGAAAAGCAAAAAAGAAGCCACAGAUAUAACAGCAGAUUCCUCAAGUGAGUUCUCGGAAGAAACCGGGGCUUCUAGUACCAGGAAAAGGAAACAGUCACAUAAGCGCAAGAAAAAAUCCAGGAAAAAGUCUCUUAAAAAAUCUGCUUUAUUCUUGGAUGCAGAAAGUGACACUUCCCAGUCAGAUGAUUCCGCAUCCAGCAGUUCUGAGGAAGGUGAGGAAAGAGACACUAAGAAAACCAAAAGGAAAAAGACAGAUAAAAAAGUCCAUAUCCCUGUAGUUAACAAUGAAAUACAGGAGAGGACGAACAAACGCACAAAUUGGAAAGUGGCUACAGAUGAAAGGUCUGCAGAGAGUUCAGAGGAUGACUAAAUGAGGAGACCUUCUCCAUUUCCCAUCUGACUGGUUACUUACAGCUCUUCCACCUGGGGGUUUUGCCAGUGAUUCUGUUGCCCGGCACAGGGGCCCUGAGGUCAGAGCUGUCCUGUGCCAUCUAUCUACGUUCUGACAGACUUCGUGUCUUCUGUUUUGGCCUGUUAAACUUGAUCCUCUUAUUGUUAACAGGGAAUCUGGUAUUUUGUUAUGAAGUUUUCUUGAAGAGAUUAUUUUUUGCAAUUAAUCACAUUUAGGGUAGAGUGCAAAUGCAACAAAUUAAAGGACCCAGAAAGCUGAAUGCCAGUAACAACCUGGGUACACC